UUUACUAGUUUUUGACGAACGGCGAAUGUUGUUACUCUCAAAAUUACUGUUUUGCAUUUAUAUAUUGUUAAAUUUUUUUAAUAGCAGAGAAUAAUUUGUGAUUCAAUUUACUCACAUUAUAUGGAGCAAGAUUCUGAUCGUUUUAUUAGACGAGCUGAAAAAAGGAUAGAGGAGGCUAAAGCAAGAGCUAGACCAGAACUUCAUGACAAAGAGGGCAAUGGCUGGACCAAAUUAAAUUAUGCUGAAACAUUUGAUCUGAAUUUGAAUACUGUGAAAGACAAUGUGGAGCGUAUUAAUGUUAGUGAAGUCUCUCGAGAGGUUUUCAUAGAAAAAUAUGAAAGAAUUUAUAAACCAGUCGUUAUUACGGGUUGUACAGAUCAAUGGAAAGCCUGCUACAAAUGGACCUUGCCUCGACUGGCAAGAAAAUACAGAAAUCAGAAAUUUAAAUGUGGUGAAGAUAAUGAAGGAUACAGUGUGAAGCUAAAAAUGAAAUAUUUUAUCUACUAUAUGUUACAGCAUGUAAAAGAUGAUAGUCCAUUGUACAUUUUUGACAGUAGUUUUGGAGAACAUCAUCGCAGGAAAAAACUGCUGGAUGAUUAUGAUGUUCCUAUUUAUUUCCAAGAUGAUUUGUUCAAGUAUGCUGGAGAAGAAAAGAGGCCUCCAUAUCGGUGGUUUGUAAUGGGAUCAGCACGUUCAGGUACUGGAAUACAUAUUGAUCCUCUUGGAACAAGUGCAUGGAAUUCUCUUGUUGUUGGACAUAAAAGAUGGUGCUUAUUUCCAACACACACUCCCAAAGAACUUAUUAAAGUACGUCCAGAAGAAGGUGGUAAACAAGGUGAAGAAGCUGUAACAUGGUUCCGCUAUAUAUACCCACAGACACAGUCUCCAGAAUGGCCAAGUCAGUACAAACCUCUUGAAAUAUUACAAAAACCUGGUGAAACUGUUUUUGUACCUGGUGGAUGGUGGCAUGUUGUAGUUAACAUGGAUACAACUAUUGCAGUGACACAAAACUUUUGCAGUCUCACAAACUUUCCUAUUGUUUGGCACAAAACUGUUAGAGGAAGACCAAAGCUUUCUAGGAAGUGGUACAGAAUAUUAAGAGAAAAAAGGCCUGAAUUGGCGGCCAUUGCUGAUCGCAUUGAUGUGAACUCUAAAACCGGUGUUGCAUCAGAUAGUUCAAGUGGUUCUAGCUCAUCUUCCUCAUCUGAUGAAUCAUCUUCAUGCUCAGAAAGUGACGACUCAGGAAAAGCAAGCAUUAGUGAUCGUAAGAGGAAAAGGCGAUGGUCUAGUCAUGACAAUGAAAGAGAAUCGAAGAGUUUUCGGAGAUAACGUUCGGAGCUACUAAACAUUGUAAUUUAGUCAUUUUAAUAUGGGGAUACUAUUUUAGAAACACCAAAGUGCACUGAAAAAAUCUACAAGAGACUUUGUUUGCAUGUGCCUAAUUCAUAUAAAAAUAGAUUUACAGAAAAUAAAACCUGUAAUUCUCAGUUGCACAAUUUCAUCUUUUUUAAAAAUGAGACUUGUUGUGUUCUGAAAUUUAUUUAAGUUUUAUUUUGUUUCAUUUUAUUUUUAUCAGUUUGUUGUAGUAAACCAUUGAUUUUUUUCUCUCUCUUUUUAAAUCUUCAAAAAUUAGGCAUGUUUGUAUGCAUGUACUCAUUAUAUUUUUGUUUAUUAUUUUUCUAUAUACAUUUAUGAUUGUUUGAAAGCAUGAGACUUUUUUUUUUAUUAUCUGUGUUGUUAUGGUAAUUAAUACUUGUGCAUGUUCUAAGAACCUUAUAGAUAUGAACCAAAAUAUAAUGAGUUCAAGACAGCUUUUUAACAGAGUUGCCACUCCUCCAGGAAAACAGGAAAUUUAUAAAUCGUCUAAAAAAAACCCAGGAAAAUUUGAAACUUUUUAUAAAAAGAGGGAACAUUUAGGGGAUUUUAAGCUUCUUCGUCAUUUUUUCUCCUCCAAAUAAUGCCGAUUUCUAAAGAUUUGCAAGAAUGAAAGAUUGCAGUGAUAGCUUCAAAAAGUGAAACUAUACCAUUUUAAAUUGUGUAAUGCAGAGACUUGCCCCUUUUUUUAAUGUAUAGAUGAUUCCAGUUUCAAUUUGUGAGAUAAUUGUUCUUUUUCCAUGAAAUUCCCGAAUUGCAGUUAAUGGGCAUGUGCAAGACUUCUUCAACUGCUUGGAAAAAUAUAUAUUUCUCUGGCGAUAUUGGCAACAUUUAAUUUCAGAAGCAGUGCUGUGGUGUUUAGUCUACCAUUCUUGAGUUUAUUGAAUGGUUUGUUUAUUAUUUGAGAAACUGUGAGCUUAUUCAAAGUAUAUUAGAGAAUAAUUUUUAAUCAAUGAGCUGCUCAAAAUCUGUAUGUGAUACAAAUUGAAGAGAUAAAAAAAAAUUCAAUCCUAAUUUUGCUGAAUGGGUUCGAGUAAUUCUAUUAAAUCCAUUUGUUGAGUACUGCUGACUUUGCCAGAACAUAAUAAGCCUAAGUUAAAUGGGAAAAUGGACACUUACUAGUCAUGCCAAAAGAGGAAAACAUUAAAGACUUCCAGCCAUUCAAAAGAGUCAUCAUUGAUGUUAGUGUCUAAAAGGUAUACAGAAAAAGAUGACAUGCCAAAUUUAAUGUCUGAAAAUAAACCGAUUUCGAACUUUUUAGUUCAAGAACAAUAAUUUAAAGCUGAAUUUUUAUGGGCAUUAAAACUUGCUGUGUCACAUUCAUCCUUUAAUUCAUUCAGUGAUAUGUCAGGAAUAUUUUCAGAUAUGUUCACUGAAAAUGAAAUAGCUGAAAAAUGUACUUUAGGCCAUACAAAAUUGUUGUAUCUUAUUUGUAUGUAGAUUAGCUCCAUGAAACUGAUAGCUGAAAAAUCUGCAAAAAUUGAUGGCCAAGUACUUGAACUGGCAAAAGUGAAUAAAUAAUUUUGCUUUGUAAAGUUAUCUUUAUAUGACUUGUAAUCAUGAUAACAAAAAUGUUUUGUUUUCUUUCACCCGAGUCCUUAAUUUUGUGUGACUGUAAGUUAAAGAGCUUGAGAUGUAAUAUACCCCUACCGCUCAAUAUAUAAAUUUUGUCUUGCUAAAUUCUAGAUACUAAAUAUUCUUUUUCUGUAUAUAAAUAUAAAUCUUUUUUUUUUUUUUUUUUUGUAUGCUAUUAUUUUGAAUGAUAGUAAAUUGUUUUUUUCUUUUUUUCCACUCCCUAAACCUAAAUUCCAUUAUAAUUAGCACAUGAGUGUUAUUUGCACAUUUAUCUUGAAUAUACGUUCAGAGAAAACACAGGGAAUUUUUUUUUACAGAUUUGAGUGGCAACCCUGUUUUAAUUCUAAAAAUAUUUGUUUUUUUUUUGUAGCUACUAUAAACUUGCCCUUUAAUUAUUAAAUAAAUUAGUAUGUGAAGCAUUUGUACAUACUUUAAGCAUAAAUUUGGUAUAAUAUGGGUAUAUUUUUUAAAUAAUUGAAUUCUUUUAAGAAGAAAGUUGGAAAAAUAAAUUAGUAUUCCCAAGGCAAAACAAAACGACUAGGAAAAAAAAUAAUGAAAAUAAAUUUCAUGUAAGUUUGAAUGAUAACUUUAUGGUAUAGCUUUUUAUUUGAUUGAGAUAUUAUUAUUAUAAUGUAGAAAAUAUUAAAUGAUAUUUUCCUUUUUUGUAAAGAUUUUUAGUAGUUCUUUACUAUGUAAUAUUAAUUGUAGAAAGUUAUACCUGUGAGAGAAGAAAUGUGAUUGCUUAAUUUAUUAUUUGGCAAUAAUUGUGCAUUUUGAAGUUAGCUUAUCUAAUUGUCAUGUUGGACUGUGCAAUACGACUUAAUGUUAUAUUUUAACAGUAUUUAUUUUGGAGAAAUCUACUAAGGGUUGUUAAGUCUUGGGAUAAAGAAUGCACAAAUAUGUCUUCCAAGAUCACUAAUGUAAUAGUUAUUGAUUAGUUACUAUUUAAAUUAAAUGCCAGAUGAAAAUUGUUUCCUGCUCUCAUCUGUUAUGUGUAAAAAUUAUCAUCCAUUGUUUUCAUUUAAAAAUAUCAUUUUAUGGAAAAGUUUGUAAAUAUGUAAAAAUUGUUGUGCGUAAUAGUUUGUUUGUUUGAUUUGUUUUUAAGUGUAGUUUCAGUAGAAGAUAUUCUUCUGGACUGAUAAAAUAUUCAAUAAAAUAGUAAAGAACUACUAUUAUUUUUCUGUUAGAAAUACUUUGUACCUUAUCAUUUUGUAACAUUUGGUGCUGAAGUCAUUUGAUAUAAUAUUAUAUGUAUUUAGUGGACUUUUGAAAUUCAGGACAGAUUUCCCUUAAAUAUUACAGAAAAGCUUAUAACAGUUUAAUAUUAAAUGGGUGUUUUCCUUAAAUUUCUUAUGAGGCAAAAUUUAUCAGUCUGUAUAUUUUUAUACUAAAACUUUAAGAUAAAACUGAUAUUUUGAUCCAUCUUUUUUUAUACAUUUUCUACUACUCUGCAGUUUUUGAAAAUAGGCUUCAUUGCUUGAAAAUCUGUUAUUAUUGAUAUGAACUAGUAGAAUUUAUAAAAUAAAAAGCAAAUUAUCUUUAAAUGUCAACCAACAAAAUCGCUGGCUGAAAAGGAACGCAUAUGAAGUUUUAUGCAAUUGUACAAUAUGACUGUAUAAAAAUGUGUAAAAUUAUGCUUUUGAAAUCAUCUGUAUAUGUAAAAAUGUGAUUGACCAAUGAUAAUUUUUUACUAUCUGCAUUCGUUAACUAUGUACUUCUGUGAUUGCAUAAGAUAAUUUUCAUCAUAAUGGGAUUUUAGUUCCAAAAAUUAAAAGUUAGUUUUAUUUAUGACUUUGAA